CCUUUAUUUUUACGUCCCAUCUGUCUCUCUGCUUUUCCGACGACUCUCUGUCUCUCUCCAGCAAAGCACCUGGAGCCCUACUCUCCCCUCACCAGCAGCCGAUGGGAGCAAGCCCCCGACCAGGGAGGAUCUAGCCUGCCGAUUUGACGUCUUCCACCGGCAGCCGCUCCAGCAUCUCACGCAGCUGCGCCUGUCACUCCACCACCGGUGUCACGCCCAACCAUAAGGAACCCACAUGGAUCCCGGCGGUCGAUCAGCGGAGGGAGGGGACGGAGAGUCGUCGGGGCCGGCGGCGCCGCCGAGCAGGUACGAGUCGCAGAAAAGGAGGGACUGGAACACCUUCCUGCAGUACCUGAAGAACCACAAGCCUCCGCUGUCGCUGUCUCGGUGCAGCGGCGCCCAUGUCAUCGAGUUCCUCAAGUACCUGGACCAGUUCGGCAAGACGAAAGUGCACCUCAACGGCUGCGCCUUCUUCGGCCACCCCAACCCUCCGUUGCCGUGCGCCUGCCCGCUCCGCCAGGCCUGGGGUAGCCUCGACGCCCUCAUCGGCCGCCUCCGCGCCGCCUACGAGGAGAACGGCGGCCGCCCCGAAUCCAAUCCCUUCGGCGCCCGCGCCGUCCGGAUUUACCUCCGUGAGGUCCGCGAGGCCCAGGCUAAGGCCCGUGGCAUCCCAUACGAGAAAAAGAAGCGAAAGCGUCCAACCAUCACUACCACCGGCAGCUCCGCUUCCACCUCCUCCCACCCAGCCAGCGGCGGCGUUGGUCCCUCUGCCCACCCUUGAAUUGUAAUGCACUCAAAUCUGCCACUACGGAAGAUGAGACUUAGAUCACGUACAGUCUCUAGCUCAGGAAAAAAUUCUGUACUUGAAUUGAAUUUCAGUAGAUUCAUGCAGGUGCUCUCUCUCUCUCUCUCUCUCUCUCUCUCGCUUUUGUUGUGAAACGGGCACGACCCGAGCCAAGAGUUUGCACCUUACAGUGCUUUUGAACAGACGAUAUUUUAGCAAAGCAUGUACUUUUCCUGUUUGUAUCUCCAUUAUUAGUUAAUAGAAUUGCAAACUAUUUCAAUUUU